UUUGUUUGCAAUACUGCAUCCCCUGUUUCCAGUUGCAUUUAUGUGGUUAAAUGUUGCUCUAUGUAAUGUAUCUAAACCACACAGCCAGCGCAGACACAUAGCACCCAACACACCGCAUCAUUACAUACUCAGAUGUCAUAGAAGGAUAUGGAAUGGAGUGUGUGCGUCCAUUACAACUGAACUGAGUCCCAGGCAUCUGCGUCCCAAAUGACACCAUAUUUCCCUUUAUAGUGCACUACUUUUGACCAUAGCCUUAUGGGUAGUCUCACUAGACAUGUAGCUGUUGCCUAGGGCCUGGUUUUCUAGACUACACUGUGGGUGCAAUUUUGGGACUGAACCCAACUCCCUAUCUAUUUAUAACCUGCCUAAUAAUAUGACUCUAGAGGGAUUGAAUUUCAUACCCCGCUCUCUUUCCGUCCUUCCCUCUCUUCUCUCUUUCACUUCCUCCCUUCCUGUCUCUUUCUAGAAUCCUGGUGUGGUGUGUUGUGGGGGACACUGUCUCUUCAGGAGGAGACCCUCAGAGAGGGAGGGGAUGUCUAUGUGUGUCCGUGUAAGCAUAAUACUAUCCACCAUUUAUGACAUCAUCAGAAGGUGCCUCCAUGCCUUGGUGAGAGCAGUAGUAACACCAGAAGAAGAGAAGGGACAGUGGGCCAUGGAGGAGCUGCUGACCCCCAGACAACAGACUGCUAGGCAGAUCAAGGCCCGUUUCCUGGAGGCCCUACAGACCAACAACGUAACGGAGGUCCUGGAGAUACUGUACACCACCAGCCUGGACAUCGACACUGUGCUGGAGGUGGAGGACAAACGCAUGGUCCUGGCCUCAUACAAGCAAGGUUUCUGGUUGCCAGACUACAAGCUAGAGUGUUCUUGGGCGAUGGCCCUCCACGUCUGUGUAAUGUACAACUACCUGGAGACAGCUCUGGUGCUGCUGCAGAAGGGGGCGGCGGUUAACAGGAAGCCCAAUGGGAAGACCCCGCUUCACGUGGCCUGUACGGUCGCCCACGGCGACUGUGUGGCCCUGUUAUUGGGCCACGGGGCGAGGGUCAACAGCCUGUCUCUGAGUGGACACACACCACUACACUACUGUAUAACUAAAGAGUCUGUGGACUGUGCCAAGCAACUCAUCCUUAAUGGGGGCAAUGUGAACAAGCCCAGUCAGAGCAAAGACGAGGACACACCUUUACACACAGCAGCCCGCCUGGGAAUCCCUGAGCUGGUGGCUCUCUACAUCUCCCACGGGGCCCAGGUGGACGCGGUCAACUCCCUCCAGGAGACGCCCCUGAUCACUGCAGCCUUCUGGGCCCUGGACAUCCGUGAACAGACCUACAGCGAGGACCACCACCUGGUCUGCCGCAUUCUGCUGGACCACGGCGCAGACCCUAAUCUGUAUGAAGACGACUAUAAGACAGCCCUGCACAAGGCCUCCUGGAACUGUGACCACGUGCUGAUGCAGAUGCUGCUGGAGGCGGGGGCGGACACUACGACCAUGGACAUCAACGGCUGUGAACCCAUCCAGUACGUCCUGAAGGUCACCUCUGUCAGGCCCAUGGCCAUCCCUGAGCUCUGUUACCAGCUGCUGCUCAACUUUGGAGCUCCACGGGUCUACCCGCCGCAGUUCCACAAGGUGUUGCAGGCCUGCCAUGAGUGUCCCAAUGCAGUGGAAGUCAUGAUGAACUCAUAUGAGCGGAUCAAACCCACCAACAAGUGGAGAUCAUCCAUUUCUGAAGCCUCCUACAAGCAACAUGAGGAAUUCUAUGAGUCCAUGUUUGCUGUGUGCUCCAACACUCCUCGUUGUCUGAUGCACCUGGCCCGGUGUGCUGUCAGGAGGGCUAUGGAGAACCGCUGUCACACUGGGGUAGGGACCCUCCCCCUACCUCCCCCCAUCCAGAGAUACCUGCUACUGGAACCUGAGGGGACCUUCUAUUGAUGGACUUACUGACCAGGUGUUUGACUGAAUGAUCUAUCUUUAGUGAACAGCUGCCCUGAGUGAUGCAAGAGAGACAGUAUCUGAUGCUAUUGGUAGUAGUAUAGAUGGAGGGUAGUUUAGGUUAGUUAGUGCUUAGCUAGGUGCACAGGUAUACAGCACACUGCCACUUCCACACUCUAUCCCUAGGUGGCAGCAGCAACCGGGUCAGGUGCUAAGCUCUCCCAGGAAGCCUCGAUAAACAGUGGAUUGCUCACAGGUGGGGGCAAUAAGUGACUGCAGGUGAUUGCAAAGAGGGAGGUUGGCCAGCCAGCGUUUGUGUAAAAACUUGUUGUGGGCCUUUUGUAUAUUAUUUUGUAUAUCACUACUUGAACGAAUGCCAACCACAAGUAUAGAGUUGAGACAGAGAUCGACCUGAACUUGGUAAAUUUGCUGUCUCCUCGGGCACAUGUAUUCAACACCUGGCCCGCUUAGUCUUUCUUCUCAUGUUAAUGCAGACAUUUAGACAGAUUACAGAUAAUUUAGCCAAGCCCAGGACCCCUAGACAUAGAGUGUAGUGAUAAAUGAAGUCUGGCCAGGUGCUUUCCUAACACUAUCACUUAGGUCCAGUCAUUAAAACAGGAAAUAACUUUUUUUUUUAAACGGUACUAAGAGAUGCUGUAGCUGAAAGUGGAACCAAAAGAGAUGAUGAUAGCACUGCCUAGCAGUCGAGGCUAACACUGGGUCAAACACACUGACUGGAUAUCCUGAUCUUACUGUAGACUCCUGUCUAUUGUGAUAAUGACAUAUGAGGACAUUGGUCUUCUUUAGCCCGACGUGGUGGAUUAAUGGAUGUCUGUUUGACAGAUGGAUGGAUGUAUCAGUCUGACAGCUGAAGUUUCUUUCAGACAUUAAUACUGGAUGUCCUGGUCUAUGAUGUCACUUGUUAGUGUGACACCAAGGAUCCACUGCAGCACUGACUGACUUCAGGUUGUCUGACUCUCUCCCUCCCUCUCUCUCUCUCCCCUCUCCCUUUUUAUAUUUUUCUCCUUCCCUCCCUUCUCUCUUCUCCCCUUCCCUCUCCCAACUCCCUUUUAUAUUUUUCUCCUUGCCUCCCUUCUCUCUUCUCCCUCUCCCUUCCUCCUUCUCUUUCUUUAUCACUUCCCCCCUUCUCCCUCCCUCUCUCUGUGUGGGUAACCUCAUGACUCACUACUGCAGAGUGGAUUUCACCCAGCAACCAGCGCACCCUGCUCUCACGCGCUCCUUUCAAAAGGACAAAUACUUGGCAGUUCACUCAAGACAUUUCUCAGUGUGUUUCCAUUCACUUGAUAGUGCUGACAGUGUGUUGCACAGACAUCAUCACAGGGACUCGCUAUCUUUAGAUCUAAGACAAAUGUUUUUGGAAUACUCUGAUAAUGACUGCGUUAUCUAAGGUUGUGUUAUUUUGAAUCAUUUUUAGGCAACUGCAAUCUCUGUGUUUACAUCUGCCCAAAGAUAGGCAGUAGACCAGCUGGGGGGAAAUGUAUGACUUCUUGAAAUAGUUAGCAUUGCACAGAUGUACAGUAUCCUACAGCAUGCACUUGGAGACUUAUAAGUUCAAUAAAGCAUCUAUUCAAUGACAACACAGCACACAAGAGUGAUGUAUGGCCUCUAAAUAGCUUCCCCCUUUGUGUUGAUCCUCUCCAGAGUACUUAAAAUGAAGUAGUUAACUCUUUAUGACUGAGCUCCUAUCACCUUUUAAGGCUUAGAUGGCUCUGUAUAUUGUAUUAAAUGUAACCUUUACCUUCAAGCUCCAUACCCAAAUGUCUUUAUAAUGGUGGGUCUAUUUCAAUCAGCAUUGGGUAUAAUUUGCGAUGGUGGGAAUAUAGAUAAUAGCAGAAAGCAUAGAGGGAGCACUUCAGAGACUUAGGCUGAAUAGAGCAAGACGUCUAAGCUAUUAAUCCUUCUGUUAGAGAGGAGAUACCGAAGCGCGUCGCUGAGAGGUGAACUGGCAGCCGUACACUCAGAGGCUGAGCAACAGGGUUCUGUACUUUACAUAAUGAGGAGAGAACAAACACAAUGGGAAUGAAUGGAGCAGCCAGCAACUCUCCAUCUGUAUAGUCCUGUAGUCUCAUAAAGCAGGUAUUAUAUAUGAACAGAUGAAUGCUCUAUAGCGAAAGAGCAGAGUGGUUUAGGAAGUUACACUAGAAAGGAUAAAGGAUGUGGAGGAGUCAAUAGUUUUAUUAGUACGUUUGUGUGUAGGGGGAUCUUGCAGUAACACGUGUCUUUUGGUCUAACAUGUGAAGGGUCACUAGAGUGUGACAUGUUCAAUGCACCAGUAGUCAAUGGGGCUUCUAAUGGUCUGGUGAUGGAUGGUGAUGAUUGUGAAAGGAGCCCUAAACAACACAGUACACAGGGGCAGUGUUGUUAUUGAGAAUGGACUGUCAAUUACUUAAGACGACUACUGUCUUUUAUAUUCAUAUGUUCUUUAUUUUUUAACAUCUCUAUCUGUGCCGUUUUCCAGGACUUUGUUGUGUAGCAGUAGCCUUAGCACGUGUUUGUGACAGUCCAGUCCGCGUAUCAUGCUGUAAUGCAGGGAUCAUCAACUAGAUUCAGCCGUGGGCAGUUUUUUUUCAUGAGCGGAUGGUUGGGGGGCCGGAACAUAAUUACCAUUCAUUUGUAGACUUCAAGAAGGACUAACAGAGUUCCUACUAAAUUAUUUGGUGUCAUUCUAUGCAUAUCACUAAGAACCAGGGUAGGCAACCCUGUUCCUGGAGUACCACAGGUACUGCAGGAUUUUGUCAAAAACUAGGCACCACACCUGACCAAUUGAUCAGUUCAGUGACUGCCUGAAUUCAACACACCUGGUCUUCCGGGUCAGUUAAAUCAGAAUGUAUGAAGUGCCUGCAGCUCUUCAGGGUUUCCUGGGGUUGCCUACCUGACUUAUAAUGAACCAAUGUAUUGAGAAUAUCCUAUUCUCCACAAUUCCAGCUGGUUAAUUGUGACAACUGGUGUUACCAGAUGCUGUCCAUGACCCCUGAUAAAAGGUCAGUUUUUCUUCAUCUCUCUGAUGGUUAAGAUUGGGGUAGGAUAAUCUGAUCCUAGAUCUGUGGUUCUGUGGGCAAUUUCUACCUCAAGUAUUCAGUCGCCUAUGUUCUAGUUACGCACUGUUAUAUCUUGUAGCACGUGAUGUCUUUGAGGGAGUAAUAGCAGGGGACUGUACUGUAACUGUCUUGUUACAGUUUGGGGGAAUGUCUGGUAGCUAGCUACCCCCCCCUGCUCGCUCACACACGCCCCCUUCUUUCCCACCUCCUCAGUGUCAUCUGGGAGUAAUGCCACCCAUAUUUCCACUCAUUAUCAUCAGGCCCUGCAGGGAAAACAGAGAACAAACAAUAGCCCUUCACUAGAGCCUCUCCACUACCAGAGCCCUUCACCAGAGACUCUCCACUACCAUAGGGGCUAGAGACUGGGUGGUAUUCUGCACUCCCCUUAAGCAACCAUCAUUGAUGUGUGUGUACUGUAUAAUGUAACAGGCAGGAGAGUUUUAAAAGUCCACUUAACUGACUAUAUACACUGCAUGACGUGUUUAAAACCCCAAUGAAACAGAGUGUAGUUCACCUCCGAACACUCGUAGUUCAACCCUCCCAGUUAGGCCAGUCAUCGCUGUCGCCCAGGUCCCUGUGUUGUGGCAGCCUGAGUAAGGUUAGAAGAGGGGGGGUAUUGUGUGGAGGAGGGGUCAGACAAGCCUCCAUAAGGCCCUAAAAUAGAGCAGGUGUUCAGGGGUCAGAGACAGGAACUGGAAAUUGUGAGGAGCGGGUUAAACAGUGGUGGGCGGCAUGCGUUCUAAAGUACAUUGGUCAGACAGGCGGCGUUGAAAAAAAAUAGAAAAGCAGCACUGGGGUGACUGGGUGCAGGUUAGUGUUUUUCGUCAUGAAUCUUGUUCUGGAGGCACCUCCACACAGUGGUCACUAGCUGGCACAGACACAAAGUUAUACAAUCUGAUGUCAAACCUAACCACACUGCUAACCUUAAUGCCUAACCGUAACCUAAAUUUAAGAUCAAAAAGCAAAUGUUUGUUUUCAUGAAAUUUAGACUUUGCAGCUGGCCAGUCUUGCGGAAAUCACUCAGUUCUGCCUCCAGGACAAGACUCAUCCCAAUGAACAUCAACCUGCUGACUGGGUUGGCAGCUCUCCAGGAAUGGACUCUGUUACUGAAAACAAGUGGUGAAAGCGGGUGGAAUGGUGGAGGUCAGAGUCAGGGAGUACAGUGCCUUUGCAAAAGUAUUCAUCCCCCUUGGCGUUUUUCCUAUUUUGUUGCAUUACAACCUGUAAUUUAAAUUGAUUUUUAUUUGGAUUUCAUUUAAUGGACAUUGACAAAAUAGUCAAAAUUGGGGAAAUGAAAAAUAUUACUUAUUUCAAAAAAUUCAAAAAAAAUGGGAAAGUGGUGCGGUGCGUGCAUAUGUAUUCACCCCCUUUCCUAUGAAGCCCCUAAAUAAGAUCUGGUGCAACCAAUUACCUUCAAAGUCACAAAAUUAGUUAGAUUGCACACAGGUGGACUUUAUUUAAGUGUCACAUGAUUUCAGUGUAUAUGUACACCUGUUCUGAAAGACCCCAGAGUCUGCAACACCACUGAGCAAGGGGCAGCACCAUGAAGACCAAGAAGCUCUCCAAACAGGUCAGGGACAAAGUUGUGGAGAAGUACAGAUCAGGGUUGGGUUAUAAAAAAUAUCAGAAACUUUGACAUCCCACGGAGCACCAUUAAAUCCAUUAUAAAAAAAAUGGAAAGAAUAUGGCACCACAACGAACCUGCCAAGAGAGGGCCGCCCACCAAAACUCACGGACCAGUCAAGGAGGGCAUUAAUAAGAGAGGCAACAAAGAGACCAAAGAUAACCCUGAAGGAGCUGCAAAGCUCCACAGCGGAGAUUGGAGUAUCUGUCCAUAGGACCACUUUAAGCCGUACACUCCACAGACCUGGGCUUUACGGAAGUGUGGCCAGAAAAAAGCCAUUGCUUAAAGAAAAAAAUAAGCAAACACGUUUGGUGUUCAAGGCAUGUGGGAGACUCCCCAAACAUAUGGAAGUAGGUACUCUGGUCAGAUGAGACUAAAAUUGAGCUUUUUAGCCAUCAAGAAAAACGCUAGGUCUGGCGCAAACCCAACACCUGUCAUCACCCCGAGAACACCAUCUCCACAGUGAAGCAUGGUGCUGUGAGGAUGUUUUUCCAUCGGCAGGGACUGGGAUACUGGUCCGAAUUGAAGAAAUGAUGGAUGGUGCUAAAUACAGGGAAAUUCUUGAGGGAAACCUGUUUCAAUCUUCCAGAGAUUUCAGACUGGGAUGGAGGUUCACCUUCCAGCAGGACAAUGAACCUAAGUAUACUGCUAAAGCAGCACUUGAGUAGUUUAAGGGGAAACAUUUAAAAUGUCUUGGAAUGGCCUGUUCAAAGCCCAGACCUCAAUCCACUUGAGAAUAUGUGGUAUGGCUUAAAGAUUGCUGUACACCAGCGGAACCCAUCCAACUUGAAGGAGCUAGAGCAGUUUUGCCUUGAAGAAUGGUCAAAAAUCCUAGUGGCUAGAUGUGCCAAGCUUAUAGAGACAUACCCCAAGAGACUUGCAGCUGUAAUUGCUGCAAAAGGUGGCUCUACAAAGUAUUGACUUUGGGGGGUGAAUAGUAAUGCACGCUCAAGUUUAGUUUUUUGGGGGUCUUAUUUCAUGUUUAACAAAAAAUAUUUUGCAUCUUCAAAGUGGUAGGCAUGUUGUGUUAAUCAAAUGAUACCAACCCCCCAAAAAUCUAUUUUAAUUCCAGGUUAAGGCAACAAAAUAGGAAAAAUGCCAAGGGGGGUGAAUAC